CUCUUGGGUUUAUCUGGAAUGAAUUAUGAUGAAACAUGUAUGAAUGAAGUGAGUUAAGCAAGGAAGUACGUGAAAGUAUGAUGAAACAUGUAUUGAUGAAUGAAUGAUUCCUUACUUUGAUGGGAAGCGGAUGCAGUAAGUAAAACAGAGGAAGCAAGUUAUUCUUAGUCCAAAUCAAAGUGCAAUCUCCCUCCAACAUAUAUAUGCAAUAUGAUGUACGAUGCUUUCGCUAUCAUAUUCAUAUUCAUCACCAAACAAACUAAUUUAGGAUGGCUGACUGGGGCCCAGUAUUUGUGUCGUUGGUGCUCUUCAUUCUCCUAACACCUGGCCUGCUCUUUCAGCUGCCGGGGAGGGCAAGGUGCGUCGAGUUUGGCACCUUCCAGACAAGUGGCGCCGCCAUUAUCAUCCACACACUCAUCUACUUCGGUCUCAUUUGUGUCUUCUUGCUUGCUAUUAAGGUCCACUUGUACAUGGGCUAGCUAUAUUCAACAAAUUCCUCCUUUACUUUUCUUUCUCUUUUAUUUUCCAAUUCCAAUGCUAAUGUAUUCAUUUUUUUCUCAUAUCUAAAUGAAUUAUUCACUUUUUCUUCU